ACAGUUUGGCACAGUAAACAUGAGCGUAGUAUUGAGAAAAAUAUUUUCGCAGUACGAACAAUCUGUACUGCUAUCUAGAAAAAUUACGUCUACCAGUACUUUAAAAAGUGUUCUAACUGAAUCUGUUCCCUUCUCAAAGGAUUUUCUUUUUCGCCAAUGAACACACAUAUGCAUGCUGAUCAUGUGACAGGAACGGGAAAGUUAAAAUCAUUGUUGCCUGGUUGUCGGUCGGUGAUAUCUCGCAAAAGUGGAGCUCAAGCCGAUAUAAAUUUAGAUCCUGAGGAUAAAGUCGAAUUUGGUAGACAUCAUAUCGAUUGCUUUCCAACUCCAGGACACACGGAAGGUUGCAUGACACUUAUCUGUAAAGAGCAAGGAAUAGCCUUUACUGGUGAUACUUUACUUAUCCGGGGAUGUGGACGGACAGAUUUUCAGAUAAAGCCGUACCAGCCAAUAAAGUUUGUGGAUUAUUCGAAGUCGGCAAGCGAAAGAAAGUGUAAGCAAACAGCGAAAUUUAUUUUCCGUUAUGGAUCGAAUUGACUACUUUUUUUCGUCCUAGGGUUAGAAUAUUCCCUUACGAAAAGAACCAAUGGAGGAAAAUAAUUACUGUUAUAUUGGCAAAAUGUUACUAUUUUUUAAUAUUUCUUUCCUGUAGUUUCUUUUCUAAAGGAUUUUAAUUAAUAUGCAAAAGGUAAUUUUUAAAGUUUAUUAUCAUUCUCAUAAUUUAUAAUACGUUGAGAAUUUUUAUUUUGAAGAAAAGUUGUAAAUGUGUAUGUCUGGUAAACAUGGUCCUUAUCACAAUAUUGUAAAUAAUGUUAGUCGGAAUUAUAUUUUUUAUAUGCGUUAUAUAUUUUAUUGGUAAUAAAAUCACCUUCUUGGAAUAAU